AUUGGCUGAGACGCUCUGGCCGCGCGUGAUGUCCUAAGCAGCAAUUGGCGUUCGUCUGCGGGGGCAUCUCUCACCGGGUUUCGGGGCUCCCGGGAAGUGGACUGACAGUGGUGGGGGCAAUUCAGCUGUGGCUCCGGACCAAGUAGGAGACCCGUGCGUGAGGCGGCCUCUCAGAGCCAAGAGGGCUGGCGAGCCGGCGCGGCGGCGGCGGCUGUGAGGAGCGCGUGGGACGGUUGCCGGCACAGAGGCCGCCACGGAGAAACCAUGGCCCCGCAGAACCUGGGCACCUUCUGCCUGUUGCUGCUGUACCUCAUUGGGGCCGUGAUCGCCGGACGAGAUUUCUAUAAGAUAUUGGGAGUGCCUCGCAGUGCCUCUAUAAAGGAUAUUAAAAAGGCUUACAGGAAACUAGCCCUGCAGCUUCAUCCCGACCGGAACCCUGAUGAUCCACGAGCACAGGAGAAAUUCCAAGAUCUGGGUGCUGCUUAUGAGGUUUUGUCAGAUAGUGAGAAACGGAAACAGUAUGAUACUUAUGGUGAAGAGGGAUUAAAAGAAGGUCAUCAGAGCUCCCAUGGAGACAUUUUUUCACACUUCUUUGGAGAUUUUGGUUUCAUGUUUGGAGGAACCCCUCGGCAGCAAGACAGAAAUAUUCCCAGAGGAAGUGAUAUUAUUGUAGAUCUAGAAGUCACUUUGGAAGAAGUGUAUGCAGGAAAUUUUGUAGAGGUAGUUAGAAACAAGCCUGUGGCAAGGCAGGCUCCUGGCAAACGAAAAUGCAACUGUCGGCAAGAGAUGCGGACCACCCAGCUGGGCCCAGGGCGCUUCCAAAUGACCCAGGAGGUGGUCUGCGAUGAGUGCCCUAAUGUCAAACUAGUGAAUGAAGAACGAACACUGGAGGUAGAAAUAGAACCUGGGGUGAGAGAUGGCAUGGAAUACCCCUUUAUUGGAGAAGGUGAGCCUCACGUGGAUGGAGAACCAGGAGACUUGCGGUUCCGAAUCAAAGUUGUCAAGCAUCCAAUAUUUGAAAGGAGAGGAGAUGAUCUAUACACAAAUGUGACCAUCUCACUAGUUGAGUCUCUAGUGGGCUUUGAUAUGGCUAUCACUCACUUGGAUGGUCAUAAGGUGCACAUUUCCCGGGACAAGAUCACCAGGCCAGGUGCUAAGCUAUGGAAGAAGGGAGAAGGGCUCCCCAGCUUUGAUAACAACAACAUCAAAGGUUCUUUGAUAAUCACUUUCGAUGUCGAUUUUCCAAAAGAACAGUUAACAGAGGAAGCGAGAGAAGGUAUAAAACAGCUCCUGAAACAAGGGUCAGUGCAGAAGGUAUACAAUGGACUGCAAGGAUACUAAGAGUGAAUAAAAUUGGACUUUGUUUAAAAUAAGUGAAUCAGCGAUAUUUAUUAUCUGCAGGGUUUUUUUUUGUGUUUUUGUUUUAUUUUCAGUAUGCAAGUUUGACUUAAUUUUUUUUCUUCUAAUGAUCGUCAUGAAAUGAAUAAGAGGGCCUAAGAAUUUUUCCAUUUGUGUUCAGAAAAGAAUACCCAGCAAAAGGUUUAAUAAUACCUCUCCCUUUGGGGAUUUUUGUGUCUGGUGCUGCCAUCUGAGUUUCAAGAUUUAAAGCUGCAAGAGGACUCUAGGAGCAAAGGAAACAGUAGAAUGGGUUGGAGCUAAUUGUUAGCUAUCUCAUUCAAAAUGCCAACUGGAGAAAUCUGUUUUUAAAUACAUUUUGUUGCUAUUUU